CGAGAGAAAUAGCGCAGCUGGCGCGACUCGUGCGUGAAGAGGUAGGCAAGAUCUAUAUCUUACCGACUAACCCAUACACACUCACCCCCGCGCACGCACGCACGCACACACGCAAACACACGCACGUACUCGCGGAGUCACUGCCGCCUGACCCAGUGUACGCGCGCGUGUGUGUGUGUCAGAGUCGACUAGCAUACGCUGCGUGUGUUUGUGAGCGCGCUCCAGUCUCCGGUAGCCACCAGCAGUAUCGUUACAGAUUAGCCGUAGCUAUAAGACGUGGUGCUAACGGACGCCAACCGAGUGUCAGCCGCGGGGACGAGGCUGGAGGCGGGAGGCAGGAGAAAUUAGUAUACGUUUACUCUUACUUCUUACUAAUACGUUCAAUCGUAAAAACUUGUGUUGUUGUGCGCUUUGUUGACGCUCAUCGUGUGUGUGUGUGUGUGUGCAGUGCUGACGCUCCGUGACAUCGCGUUCAAUCAAUCAAACGUCACCAUCGUCAGACCUUUGAUGCCUGUCGUUUGCUGCUACGACUGCUGAUACCGUUGUUGCGACUACUACAGCCGCUGCUGUUGCUAUCACUACACCAGAGAGAGAAAAAAAAAGAGCGAAAGAAAGAAAGAGAGAGGACGGGAGUGGUGACUCUGCUUCGAACGUCACGUCAUUAAGCACGGUCACGAUGCGUUGCCACGGGAUACUGCUGCCGCUGCUGCUGGUGGUGGUGAUGCUGGCAGGCUUGGCAUCAGCGCAGACUCGCAGGAGACAACAAGCGAGGCGACAGAGCAACAUUAGAAGAGUGACCCGCGUGGGGCGGCCGCGGGUGCUGCUACCUAGUGCACCGCGCUCAGACGAGGCGCCACCUCCACCGUUAACGCAGUCAGGGCGAGGCAACCGCAAUGGUUUCGGAACGGAAGUCACGACCAGCGCGACACCUGGUGUAACCAAUCAGAGAGAAGUAUCCAGCAGACAGAGACGGACGGAUAUUAACUCGGUGGCGACAGAGAGAAGGACUUCACGGCCUACUAUUGUCACCACAGAGAGAAGGACGGAAAGACCGACGAUAGUGACGACAGAGAGAAGGACGGACAGACCCACGGUGGUGACUACAGAGAGGGAACAGACGGAGGAGAGAAGGACAGCGAGUCCAACCGGAGAGACGCCGAGCCGAGAGAGGGGGCGCGGAGUAGCAGGCGCGCCCUCUGGUGAUAUGGACACGGCGGCGUCGGUUACUACGGAGAUGCUGACGCAGGCUAUUUCCCAGGCAACGAAUGCAGUGGAUUUGUUGCACAGUCUAGAGCGAGAGAUACUAGAGAAAGGUCUCAUUGCUAAGGCAUCAGGAACCGUUGCUCAGCAGAACAGAGCGAGUCGCACUUCCCAGGAGGCGAAGGACUUGUCCGUGUCUGCGCUCGUCUCUCUGGAAGCGACGAAGCUGCUGGCCGAGAGACUCGGUCUCGAUGCCAACCAGGCGCAGAGUCUGGAGCUUGUUAACAUCACCGACACGUUGCUAAGCGACAUCUGCCUCCAGACGGCGCUGGUUCCGCCCUGCAUUCCCGGUCGCUACCGCGAGCCGACUGGUUACUGUAAUAACAUCCUCAACCCUCGCUGGGGAACCUCACACGUCGCGCUGCGGCGCAUGGUCGCCAACGCAUACGAGAACGGUUUGGACAUCAUGAGAUUUACGAGCAUUGACGAUAGUCUGCUUCCCUCGCCUCGUCUCAUUUCGACCAGCCUGCAUCCCAGCACGAGCGACCUCCACUCUAAGAUCUCGCUCAUGGUCAUGCAGUGGGGUCAGUUCAUUGACCACGACAUUGGUCUUACGCCGUUCACCACCGAGUGUCUGUGGGACAUAUGUAGCGUGUCCCAAACUGCGUUUAUUGAUGGAUCGAUGAUCUAUGGAAACAUAGACAGCUUAGCUGAGAGCUUACGCACGGGGCAGAGAGGCCUAUUAAAGUACACAGAUCACCCUGGCGGCAACAAUCUGAAGUAUCUGCUGCCGCAGGACACGACGAAUGGAGACUGCCAGCGCACCUCAGAGAGUGACAACUGCUUCGUUGCAGGUGAUGCUAGGAGUAAUGAACAGGUCGGUCUGACGUCGAUGCACACCAUACUGCUGCGGGAACACAACCGCAUCGCCGAAAAGUUAGCCAAGGUGAACAAGUACUGGGAUGACGAAACGCUGUAUCAGGAGGCGCGCCGCAUCGUCGUGGCAGAAAUUCAGCACAUCACGUACGACGCCUGGCUGCCAAUCGUACUCGGCCACGAGCACGUCAACCGGGGAAAGGACAGCGACCUAGCUCUGGUGAACGCUGGCUUCUACACAGAGUAUGAUGUAGAGACCGACCCAGGCCUCGUUAACGCCUUCUCCACGGCAGCCUUCCGCUUCGGACAUAGUCUGCUGCCGGACGCGCUGCUUCGUCUAGACGCUACCGGCACCAAAAGGGAUCCGCUGCCGCUCAGGGAGGCGUUCUUCCGACCGGCGCCCAUCUAUGACACCUCGGACACCGGCGGUAUCGACGCCUUGAUGAGAGGAAUCGCGACACAAAACGCUGAGAAGAUGGACUCCAAGGUCACAGCAGAGGUCACCGAACACCUGUUCCAGGAGAGUGGCAAGCCAUAUGGCUUGGAUCUUGUGUCGCUGAACCUCCAGCGCGGUCGCGAUCACGGCCUGCCGGGAUACAACGUCUACCGCGAGGCGUGUGGCCUCCAGAGGGCGCUCACCUUCAAGGAUCUCGGCAACGUCAUGGAUGAGGAACAGAUCGCUGUUCUAUCCAAGCUGUACAAAGGUAGCGCCACUUCUUCCAGCUACCCAGACGACAUCGACCUGUUCUCGGCUGGGCUAUCGGAGCGCCCCAUGCCGGGCGGACUCGUCGGGCCGACGUUCGGGUGCAUCAUCUCGCGUCAGUUCACGCGGCUGCGGCGCGGCGACCGUUUCUGGUACGAGAACGACAUGCCAACGAACAGAUUCACGCUCGAUCAGCUGACAGAGAUUCGAAAAGCAUCCCUGACUCGGUUGCUAUGCGACAACGGAGACAGCAUUACAACGAUGCAGCCUAACGCCUACCUGAUCCCAGACGCGUACACCCAGAAGCUGUCGCGGCGGGACUUACUGGAGAGGAUGGGAGGUCUCCAGCUGCCGGACACCAUCAUUCCGCCCGAAGAGGAUCAGUGCGUCGCACCACUGUUCGUCUCCUGCGACUACAACACCAAGUACCGAGAGGUGACGGGCCGCUGCAACAACCUGCGCAAUCUGGAGAUGGGAAUGUGCUUGAGGCCGUUCCGCCGCCUGCUCGAACCCGUCUACGACGACGUCAUCAACACGAUGCGUUCUACGAGCGUGACGACGCGUGCGCUGCCGAGCCCUCGAGCCGUCAGUAACGCCGUACACAGAUCCAUGGACGCACCCCACGAAGAAUACACGCUGGCGCUCAUGCAGUGGGGACAGUUCCUCGAUCAUGACAUCACCUUCACGCCCGUCUCUAAAG